AUUUUAUACAGUCGUGCAAUCAGCGGCGGCCCAUCGCGGCGACAUCAUGUUCACGUCUCCUGUAGCAAAGAAGCAGAAGCUUCGAAUGCACGCGACUCCAGAAACGCCUGUUAACCGCAGGGCAUCGUCAAGUGGAACCUUGUUUGCGGACGACAUGCAAACAAAGACGGUGAAAAGCCUGCGACUCAUGGUGCAAUCGUGUUUGGUUACCAACCAACAAUCUAGCGCCGUGUUUUACGCGAGCAAAUUGGCAUCGAUGACUGGAGAUGGGCUGGACUUGAUGCUAUUGGCAAGGAGUUACUACGCCACGGGAGACUUCCAUCAAGCCAUUCACACCUUGAAGCAACUGACACAGAGCGGCCCUGAUCACAAGGGACAUCACACUCCUGGUUUGAGACAACAAACGAAGAUAUCUCGGGCAGCACUUCCAGACGAACAUGCUCUGUUAUGUGCCUACCUUCUCCUUGGCCAAGCGACGAUAGCCAUCUUGCAAUGGGAAGAUUGCCAAGAAAUGCUUGACGCGGUUCUCGUUGGCAGCGAAGAUCACAUUCUUCGUAAGGCGCAAGCUGCUCGGCGAUCUGUCGCCACAAACGCCGACCAUCCCCAGUCCCACAUCAACGUCGUCGCAUCGCUCUGUUGCUUACGUGGCGACGUUUGCGAGGCCCUCGAGAGCCGCGAACGAGCGGCCUUUUGGUAUUCACUGGCUUUGAAAUGCGACGUUCACUGUUGCGAUGCGUUUAUGCAUCUCGUGGACGACUACAUGCUAUCGUCGGCCCAGGAACGCCACUUGUUCGAGUCCCUUUCGUUCCUUGGCCCGGAAGACGAGUACCUCAAGUGCUUUUACGCGUCGCAGCUCGGCCGGUACGAUCCGUCGCCGCCGGUCCCAGAAAAAUUCCACACAAUUGAAACAGUCCAUGGCCUUCAGAAAAAUUUGGACGUGAUGGUGGCCAAAGCCGAAGCGUAUUACUGCCAGCUCGACACGGAGAAAGCCUACGAGAUCUGCAGACGAAUACGAACCGACGCACCUUUCGACUACAAAUCAAUCCCGGUGUACGUCAGUACGAUGGUGCAACUCAACAAACGAAGCGAUCUCUUCCACUUUGCCCAUGACAUGGUCGCAAAGUAUCCGACUAAGGCAACCUCGUGGUACACCGUCGGUUGCUACUACCUUGCUGUCGGAAAUCUCGACGCUGCCCAACGCUUCUUUCAUAAAGCCACCAACGUCCAGCCGCAGUUUGCCCCGGCGUGGCUUGGGUUUGGCCAUGUAUUUGCACUCCAAGACGAGAGCGACCAAGCCAUGGCGUCGUAUCGCACGGCCUCUCGGCUCUACCUCGGCUGUCACUUGCCACUUUUGUGCAUGGGCAUGGAACACUAUCGCAUCAACAAUCUGCCGUCGGCAUUACAGCUCGUCGUUCAAGCGAGGACGGUGUGUCCGACGGAUCCACUUGUGUACAAUGAGCUCGGCGCAGUGUAUUUUCGCCAACGCAAGUACCGCGCCGCGAUUGAAAUGUUCUCGAAAGCGCUGACGUUAUGCGGCCAUUUGCCACAGGCGUUGCUUGUGGCAUGGGAACCUACCUUUUUCAACAUGGCCCAAGCAUACCGAAAGCUACGGGAGUACAAGGUCGCGAUUCAGUAUUACGAAGAAGCGUUGGCCUUGUGUCCGACAAGUGCGUCGACCCACUUUGGCCUUGGGUUCACCUACCACAUGCAAAAUCGCUUGGACGACGCUAUCGAGUCUUACCACACAGUUCGUCCAUAUAUCGGGCCGUUGUAUUGAUCUUGAUGGUGGUGUUGGCUAGGCUUUGUCGUUUGACCCGGAAGAUGCCACCGCCGCUCUCAUGCUGGACGAGGCACUCAGGAGCCUCGUUACGCGCACGUCGCUGCACGACGCCGCAGUGGGGCCUCCACUUGCCGAAGAGACCAUGUCAGAGACGAACGAGCUGAGCCUGACGAUGGACCUCUCGUUCGAGAGCACCGACAUGUAGCCCGUGCUUCGAUCGGAUCUUGAGCAGUCACGCUAGGUGGUCGAUGGUAGAGAAUGAUUGGUUGAAAUAAGUUAAUUUGAACCAAUCAAACACAAGGAUUGGGUGGCA